AUGGCGCUCGGCAAGACGUCAGGAGGCAACAGUGCCUACCACAACUACAACAAUGAUUUCCUUCACGUCCAGGAUCUCAACGAGCGCCGCCGUCUGGCCCUUGCUGAGAUCGACAAGGCUCCCUUUGGCUGGUACCAUGUCCGUGCCAUUGUCGUUGCUGGUGUUGGUUUCUUCACAGACUCUUACGACAUCUUCACUGCCUCCAUGUUGACCGUUAUGCUUGGUAUCGUCUACUUCCCCGGAAAGGGCUCCAUGCCCACCUCCUCCGACAGCGCCAUUAAGCUCGCUACCUCUGCCGGAACUGUUAUUGGCCAGGUUGGAUUUGGUAUCGCUGCCGAUUUGGUCGGUCGUAAGCGCAUGUACGGUCUCGAACUUAUUGUCAUCAUCUUCGCUACCAUCGGUCAGGCCCUGACCAGCGGUUCUCCUGCUUGCGACGUCAUUGGCCUCAUCAUCUUCUGGCGUGUUAUCAUGGGCAUCGGUAUCGGUGGUGAUUACCCUCUGUCUUCCAUUAUCACAUCCGAGUUCGCCUCUACCAAGUGGCGUGGUGCUAUGAUGGGCGCCGUCUUUGCCAUGCAGGGUCUUGGCCAGUUCACUGCUGCCCUCAUCAUGCUUUUCGUCACCCUCGGUUUCAAGGGCUCACUUUCAUCUGCUGCCACCACUGCUACCUGCACUGGUGUCUGCCAGUUGGCUGUUGACAAGAUGUGGCGUACCCUGAUCGGCUUCGGUGCCGUCCCCGCCUGCAUCGCCCUCUACUACCGUCUCACCAUCCCCGAAACCCCCCGUUACACCUUCGAUAUUGCUCGUGAUGUCGAGCAGGCCGGCGAUGAUGUCAAGGCUUACAUGACUGGCAAGCGUGAGGGCCACCCCGACGAGAUUGCCCGUGUCACCGCCGCCAAGGCUGCCCAGGAGAACCUUGCUGUUCCCAAGGCCAGCUUCCGCGACUUCUGCAGCCACUACGGCAAGCUCAAGAACUUCCUCCUCCUCUUCGGAACUGCUGGUUCAUGGUUCUGCCUCGACGUCGCUUUCUACGGUCUCUCCCUUAACAACGCCACCAUCCUCAACGUCAUUGGCUACUCCACCAAGGGCAACCCCGACGUCUACCACUUCCUGUACAACACUGCCGUCGGCAACAUCGUCAUUGUCCUUGCUGGUGCCGUGCCUGGAUACUGGGUUUCCGUCGCUACCAUUGACACCCUCGGCCGCAAGACCAUUCAGAUGGGUGGUUUCGCCAUUCUGACCAUCCUCUUCAUCGUCAUGGGUUUCGCCUACAACCACAUCAGCUCCAAUGGCCUCCUUGCCAUCUACGUCCUGGCCCAGUUCUUCUUCAACUUUGGCCCCAACACCACCACCUUCAUCGUUCCUGGUGAGGUUUUCCCCACCCGUUACCGUUCCACCUCCCACGGUAUUUCCGCCGCCUCUGGCAAGAUCGGCUCCAUCAUUGGCCAGGGUGCCAUUGCUACCCUCCGCACCAAGGGCGCCACCGCAAAGGUCGCUGCUCCCUGGAUGGACCACGUCCUGGAGAUCUAUGCCCUGUUCAUGCUUCUCGGCUGCUUCACUACCUGGUUCAUUCCCGAGACCGCCCGCAAGACUCUUGAAGAGCUCAGCGGUGAGGACGACUACGCUGUCACCCACCGGGAUUCCAACGGCCCUGGCUUCGAGUCUGAGGUCGUCACCAAGAUCUCUGCCGAUGCUGAGGCUCCCAAGUCUCCUGUUUAG